AUGGCAGCCUCUUUCCGAAACAACUGUCGCAAGAUCAUCUGCAUCGGCCGGAAUUAUGCAGACCAUAUCGCCGAAUUGAAUAACACUCGUCCCAAACAGCCAUUCUUCUUCCUCAAACCAACCUCUUCGCUACUUCUCCCGGGCCACGGCCCUGUUCUACGCCCCAAGGGGGUGAAAAUGCACUACGAAGUCGAACUCGGUCUUGUCAUGGGCAAGACGGUGCGCGAUCUGGACCCGGAAGAUCACAAGACCGCGUUGGAUGCUAUUGCCAACUACGUCCUGGCCAUCGACAUGACGGCGCGCAACGUGCAAGAGGAAGCCAAGAAGAAAGGUCUGCCGUGGUCAAUCGCCAAAGGCUUCGACACAUUCUGUCCCAUAUCGGAACUGAUCCCGAAAUCCGCGAUUCCAGACCCCCACAAUGCGUUUUUGAGACUAAGUGUUGGUGAUCAAGUCAAGCAGGAAGACUCGACGAAUUUGAUGCUGUACAGGAUCCCCCGCCAAUUGGCAGAUAUAUCAAGGGUGAUGACGCUGGAGCCUGGUGAUUUGGUCUUGACGGGUACGCCGAAGGGGGUUGGAGAGGUGAAGGCGGGAGAUGUGAUGAGGGCAGAGAUCGAGGUGGACGGGAAACGCAUUGAAAAGAUCGAGGUAGAGGUUAGGGAUAGAUUGGAGGGGAAGUAUGAGUUUAAGGAGACUUGA